AUGUCCUGGGUCUUGAAGGCUUUCAUAGACAACGAUGUUUCAGCCCCACCGUCCGAACCGGCUCUUCAUAAUGACUCUCGUGUGGUGGUGAUUGCGGGCAGCGAUACAACCGCCUCAGCCCUAUCAAACAUCAUCUACUUCCUCGCCAAGCACCCCCAAGUCCUCUAA